AUGUCCUUCAAACGUUUGUGUCAUUGGGGACCAAUAUGUGUAUUGGGUAUAAUAAAACUGAUAACAUGGUCGAUGGUGCAUCUGAUUGGUAUGUGGUGGCCGCCGUACCUCACUCUCGGAGGGGCUCUUCACGCUGCUCUGUUCCUCAGCCUGGCUGCUUCCACUCUAUAUUUCUUCAUGCAAGCAUUGCUUGAGGGUCCCGGCUAUGUUCCUCGUGGUUGGAAGCCUAAAGAUGAAUGUGAUGUUCAGUACCUCCAGUACUGCACUAUAUGCAAGGGAUACAAAGCACCCAGAUCACAUCACUGUAGAAAAUGUGGGUACUGUAUAAAGAAGAUGGAUCACCACUGUCCGUGGAUCAACUGUUGUGUAGGUCACAACAACCAUGCAUACUUCACUAUGUUCCUCAUAUCCGCUGUACUGGGCUGUCUUCAUGCAUCUAUUGUGUUGUCUAUCUGUCUGUAUCACGCCAUUCACCGCGUGUGGUACCUCCAGUAUGGUGACGGCACCGAGCCGCUCAUCUACGUGACCUUGACCACGUUGCUUCUGUCCCUCCUGGCCACGGGCAUGGCCGUGGGCGUUGUGCUGGCCGUGGGCGCGCUUCUAUAUCUGCAGAUGCGUAGUAUUCUCCGUAACCGCACCACCAUAGAAGACUGGAUAGUAGAUAAGGCUGCCUGCAGACGUGAUGAGCGGGGCCUGCCUAAGUUCAAGUUUCCUUACGACCUGGGCUGGAAGAAUAAUCUGCUUCUCGUGUGGAGCGGGCAUAAGUAUGACGGGAUACACUGGCCGGUUAUUAACGGGCGGGGGCAGUAUGACCUCACGAUGGAGCAGAAGGCCCAGAAGGCGGACAAGGCGGUUCGUUCCCGCGUGUACACUGCGGUCGCUCCAUACUCCGGCCGCUGGCUGCCUCUCAUACAGUACCCGCGAGCGGCGCUCGGCCCGCCAUGCAGCGACGAGCAUCGACUGGCGCUGAGCGUAGGCGACCGGGUCAAGGUCACCAGGCAUCGACGUCACUGGCUGUUCGGGGAGAAGCUUCUAUCAGAGCAGGAAACUGUCGAUGGUGUGAGAGGUGACCGCGGCUGGUUCCCGCGCGCCGCCGCCGGCCUCGACACACACACAUACACACACACGAACACACACACAGACAGAAAUAAGAAUAAACCGGACUAG